GCUGUUUAGUUUUUACUUCGCAUUCACUUAUUAACUUUUGUACCCAUGAAUCCUUUAUGUACACAUUCUGUAUGUACACAUUAUGUAUGUAUUUAUGUACUUUAUUCAGCUAAAAAGGCAUUACUACUAGGAUCUGACAAGACAGCAUAGCGCAUGUAAAUUCUACAAAAUGCCUAUGUGCCAGUUCAGUAAAUUCAUUUUUGCAUCGUUGCUACUAACAGCUGGCAUUAUCCUGCCGGUACUAUCAGGCGAUUUUGGCGUACGACAUCUUGACUCGGGGAAACGCGGCUACGGGAUAUCUGACUCUUAUUCCUUCUUUCCCAGUAACCAACGUCCAUGUGAAACGUUCGUUCUGUCGGCGUGCGAUCCGCGCUGGUUGUACUGCACCUGCGGGAAGCCAGUGUACAACGUCAGUGCUAUUCCCGUUGACCAGGUACACCUGUAUCUUGGCACCCAGACAACGGUAGCGCGUGUCUACGAUCAAUGCUAUUCCAGUUGCUUGCUACCCGCGUUCGAUCCGCUACCGCCGCUUCCCAACACCACCCUGAUUCGCUUGAGCAAUAUUUGGGUGGCACCCAACGAUCUCCCGUUUCCCGUGGGCCGAUUCUUGGUUAAUGUCAAGAAGACGGUGAAGAAAUUGUGGCUGAUGGAAAUCUAUCUGCCCUCACUAACACGGGAUACGUUUACGGGUUUCUCGGCCCUCGAGAGCCUGAUACUGGAGCGGAAUCGGCUGUCCGCCAUUGCUUUAGACGCUUUAGAGGCAUUCGUUCCGCCACCGGGACGUGGAGCACCGCCAUCUAGACUCGAGGCGUUCUCCCUCACCGACAACUAUCUGGAGCAAUUGGAUUGGUCGAUGAUGCAGCCACUGGCUGACACUAUCAAGCACGUUUCCGUGAUGAUGUGUGGCGUUCGUCAGCUCCAUCUGAGCCGGUUCUUCAGCAUGCGCCGCAUCGAAUCUGUCAAUCUAGCGGGGAACAACCUGACAAGCGUGGACAGUCGUUUCCUCGAUAGUCUUACGCAGUCGCAUGGGCGUCCCGGCUUGAGUCUGCAUUGCAAUCCGCUGUGUACGAGCGACGUACGGUGUCGCUGUGCGCCGCUAUCCAACCUGUGGAGCUGGUUCACCAACGCGUCGACGCGGGUCACGGAAAUCGAACCGGGUAUCAUGAUUAACUGGCAAGUUGGCGACGGUGUGACAUGUGGUCAAUACACUGAUACACACGGGGGAAGUUUGUAUAACCGCUUUCGGAUCGAAAAGGAUGAUGAAUCCGGCAGGACCUACACGGGGCGGGACGUCCAGAUACUGGCAAGAUGGAUGCUGGAUGGUUGGAAAUCUGCAACUAAUCUAUUUUAAACACGCUUUACGUAGAAUGCAUGUAUUGCGUAUGGUAUGUACAAUAUGUUGUGUGACGCGCGUCUCGUUUCUGUUUAUGUACGACUUGCUGUUCUUUAAUCUAACUCUUGUGAUCACUACUCGUACUCGUACUGGCCUCUAUUUUAUUGACGUUGUUGGUUUGGUACAGUCAAAGUUUAAAACUUUUCGUCCGUUUCUGCGAUUCCCGGAAACGUGAUGGGAUAAUUCGGUAAAUCGAAUCGACCGGUUUUCAGGCAUGCAAUUGGCUAUACUGUAGUUGCGAGGCCGCGGUUAAAAUAGCGUCACCACAAAAACUUGUUGUUCACCAUACGAUUACAUAAAGAAAGCCGUUUCC